UCCACCUGUGUGCUGUGCCUCGGCAGGUCCUCCAGCCCACAUGAGGUGAAGUGGCCGGGCCCCGUGAAUGCCACAGUGCACGGUGUCGGGACUCUGUGCUGCUGGAGUCAUCGCAAACCAUAGGGCUGACUCUUGCUGGGGACACCAGUCCUGAGGGGGACGCUGUCCAUCUCUGGGAGAGACAUGGAAAGGUCCACGGGCAAUGAAACCCAGGCGGUCGACGGCGGUGGUGGCGUCCACUUUCCGUUCCCCUUCACGCCCUACCCCAUCCAGAAGGACUUCAUGGCAGAGCUCUAUAAGGUGUUGGAGGCUGGCAAGAUCGGGAUCUUUGAGAGUCCCACGGGCACGGGCAAGUCCUUGAGUCUUAUUUGUGGGGCCCUCUCCUGGCUCCGGGACUUUGAAGAGAAGAAGCGCCAGGAAGAGGCGCGUCUGCUGGAAGCUGAGUCCGCUGCCUCGUGUGGCACGGGGGACCCAGCCCCACCUCCCGAUGGCUCGAGGCCUGCAGGGGAGCCAGACUGGGUCACGCAGUUUGUGCAGAAGAAGGAAGAAAGGGACUUGUUGGACCGACUGAAGGAGGAGCAUGUCAGAAGGAAGAAGCGGGAGGAGCGACUGCAGCAGAUUCGACACAACGGGCAGCUCAGGGCUGCAGCCCAGCGCCUGAGACAGGAGGACGAGGAGACCCAGAGCCUCCUGCGCCUCAGCAGGGAGAUGCUGGCGGUGGCAGGUGCAGGCGCGGAGCCGCUGGACCAGCUGGAGGCCGGAGAGGAGGAGCUGGUCCUUGCUGAGUACGAGAGCGAUGAGGAGAAGAGACCCGUGAGCGGGGUGGAUGAGGAUGAGGAUGCUUUGGAGGAAGAACACAGGACUAAGAUCUAUUACUGCAGCCGCACACACUCGCAGCUGGCCCAGUUUGUGCGGGAAGUGCAGAAGAGUCCCUUUGGCAAGGACACGCGGCUUGUGUCCCUCGGCUCGCGGCAGAGCCUGUGUGUGAACGAGGACGUGAGGAAGCUGGGUUCCGUGCACCUCAUCAAUGACCGCUGUGUGGAGAUGCAACGUAGCAAGCAUGAGAAGAAGAGCAAAGCCGAGGAAGGGCAGCCAAAGCGAAGGCGGCGGGAGAGCCGGGCCGCCUGCCCCUUCUACAACUACGAGCAGCUGCAGCUGCUGCGGGACGAGGUCCUGCUGGAGGUCAAGGACAUCGAGCAGCUGCUGAGCCUGGGCAGGGAGGCCCGGGCCUGCCCCUACUACGGGAGCCGCUUUGCCAUCCGCGCCGCCCAGCUGGUGGUGCUGCCCUACCAGAUGCUGCUGCACGCGGCCACCCGGCAGGCCGCCGGCAUCCGCCUGCAGGACCAGGUCGUGAUCAUCGACGAGGCGCACAACCUGAUCGACACCAUCACCAGCAUCCACAGCACCGAGGUCAGCGGUUCCCAGCUCUGCCAGGCCCAUUCGCAGCUGCUGCAGUACAUGGAACGAUACGGGAAGCGUCUGAAGGCCAAGAACCUGAUGUACAUCAAGCAGAUUCUGUAUCUGCUGGAGAAGUUCGUGACGGUGCUGGGGGGGAACAUCAAGCAGAACCCCAACACACAGAGCCUGUCGCGGACGGGGACCGAGCUGAAGACCAUCAACGACUUCCUCUUCCAGAGCCAGAUAGACAACAUCAACCUGUUCAAGGUGCAGCGGUACUGUGAGAAGAGCAUGAUCAGCAGGAAGCUCUUCGGUUUCACGGAACGCUACGGGGCUGUGCCCCCGUCGUCCCGGGAGCAGCGCAGGCUGGCCGGCUUCCAGAGCUUCCUGCAGAGCCUGCAGCCUGGGGUGACUGAGGCUCCCGCCACCCCCGAUGAGGACCCGGCUGCGGUGCCACGGCUCGCUUCCCCACUCAUGCACAUCGAGGGCUUCCUGGCAGCCCUCACCACGGCCAACCAGGACGGCAGGGUCAUCCUGAGCCGCCAAGGCAACCUCAGUCAGAGCUGCCUCAAGUUCUUGCUCCUGAAUCCAGCUGCACACUUCGCCCAGCUGCUGAAGGAAUGCCGGGCCGUGGUCAUCGCCGGCGGCACCAUGCAGCCAGUGUCUGACUUCCGGGAGCAGCUGCUGGCAUGUGCCGGAGUGCCACCAGAGCGAGUGGUGGAGUUUUCCUGUGGUCACGUGAUCCCUCCAGACAACAUCCUGCCCCUGGUCAUCUGUGCCGGGCCCUCUGGGCAGCCGCUGGAGUUCACGUACCAGCAGAGGGAGCUGCCGCAGAUGAUGGACGAGGCCGGUCGCAUUCUAUGUAACCUGUGCAACGUGGUCCCUGGAGGGGUGGUGUGCUUCUUCCCCUCCUAUGAGUACCAGCGUCAGGUCCUUACCCACUGGGACAAGAGUGGCCUGUUGGCCCGCCUGGCUGCCAGGAAGAAGAUAUUCCAGGAACCCAAGAGAGCAGGCCAGGUGGAGCAGGUGCUGAUGGAGUAUUCCACGUGCAUCAAGUGCUGCAGCCGGGCAGGAGGCAUGGUGACCGGAGCCGUGCUGUUCUCAGUGGUCGGAGGGAAGAUGAGUGAGGGGAUCAACUUCUCAGACGACCUAGGCAGGUGUGUGGUGAUGGUGGGCAUGCCCUACCCCAACAUCAAGUCCCCAGAGCUACAAGAGAAGAUGACCUACUUGGACCGGACCCUUCCCAGAGUCCCAGGCCAGGCCCCCGCCGGGAAGGCCCUGGUGGAGAACCUGUGCAUGAAGGCCGUCAACCAGUCCAUAGGCAGGGCCAUCAGGCACCAGCGGGACUUUGCCAGCAUCGUGCUCCUGGACCAGCGGUACGCCCGCCCCCUGAUCCUGGCCAAGCUGCCUGCUUGGAUCCGAGACCGCGUGGAGGUCAAAGCCGCCUUUGGCCCUGCCUUUGCUGCCAUGCGGAAGUUUCAUCGGGAAAAGGCUGGCAUGCCCUGAUGCUGGCCGUACUUGCAGACUUUGAUUCUGGGCUGCAGGGGUGCUGUCCUGGAUGGGGAGGCCAAGUCCAGAC